AUGGCUCGAGUUAUUUACUUGACUUGGAUUUUACUUGUUUUGGAUGGAGUUCAUAGUGGAAAUACAGACCAUGGGUUUUAUGGAAAUAAUUUUGGUGUUCGGGAAAGCCCGCUGUCACUGUUUGAAAUGCAAGGUGCAAGGGAAGUGAACAAGUUUACCCGCGGUGGCCUAUACAGAACAACGUUUAAUGAAUACUCGGUGGUCAGUAGCUACGUAAUAUCAGCCCUGAAAAUGGGCAUUUAUAUUGCGGACGAUACUGCGGUUAAUGGAGUACUCGAGUAUGCAGUAAGUGCAAUUGGUCAACAAACACGACGUAUUGGCGUUAAUUGUUCAGGGACGAAUUUAUUUGAUGUUCAAGGUGAACUUUAUGGAAACUUUUUCGCACUGAAGAUAAAAACAAAGCGGCUGUUAAGCGAGGAGCGAUGUGCGUCAUAUUUGUUGAAUGUCGAAGCUAAGAUUGACAAAAGAACAGUGGAUACAACACAGGUGUUUAUACAAACGCGAAUGUCAUCAAACUUUGAACCGCGUUUUAACAAGACACGGAUUUCGGAAACCAUUCCCAAUAAUUUCCCGCUUUUCCAACUGAUUACGCAAUUGAAAACUAAAGAUGUAAAACACUGGGGGAAAGUUAUUUUUCCUUAAAACAGGAAUCAAAAUAUUUCAUUUUAAACCCAGUCAAUGGUAUCCUAUUCUUGAAGCAAUCCUUACCAUUGGGGAUAAACAGGUUUGACCUGGUGGCAGCAGUGACCAAGUGGGAUUCCAAACCCAACCUGCAAACCUUUACUGAUAACACAUGUAAGAUUACCAUCAAAGUACUGAAUGUCAACCAGUAUGCGCCAACGAUAGAUGUAACAGUUUUAGAUAAAAGACUGGGUAAAGGGAAUAAACAGGCAAUUGCUAUAGUAACAGUGAGCGACCUUGACCAAGGUAAGAAUGGCAAAAUUAAUAAGUUGAAACUUUUGUCAGGGAAUGAAAAUGGAAAUUUUGGACUGGAACGAGUUGCCCCAGAUGGUGCAGUUUUCAAAUUAUACUUACUAAGGUCACUUGACUGUCACCACUGCUGGUUCCGAAUCACUUUUGAGGCAACAGAUAGAGGUAAACCACCAAUGAGUACAACAAAAGUACAUCGAUUCAGCCUGAACGAUUCUUUAUUGAAGAACAACACUUUCAUUGCAGAUGAUUAUUUUGUGGAAAUUUCGGAAAUGAUGCCAAUUGAUUACACCAUUAUUGAUUUAAAACCCCAGACAUUGGGAACAAUGUCCAACAUGUCUUGUACUAUUGUUGAAGGGGUUACUUUGAUAGUUCCAAGAAACACCUGCAAAAUAAAGUUGGGUGUACCUUUGGAUGCUAAGGUUAGAUCAAGUUAUGUAUUGAAAGUUUCUUAUAAAAUUUCUGGUGAUAUAACUGUAUCUGGGUCAACUAUUGUUCAUGUGAAUGUAGUUGACUUCAAUAACCAUGGACCUGUGUUUGUGUCAAAGAGUCAUUAUGUGGAAAUAUCAGAAGACAUGGCACUCCAUGCUAAUGUCUAUGAAGUUAAAGUAACAGAUGAUGACGCUGGUGACAAUGGAAAGCUCACUUACUGGUUGAUGAAUGACUCUAGUCAGUUUAAAAUUGAUCCAAAUACUGGCAUGAUUUCUGUCAAACAAGUGUCUGAUCGGGACACUGGGACACCAGAAUUUGCUUACCUUGUUGUUCGAGUUGCUGACAAUGGAUCACCAUUUCGUAAAGAAGCUGAGACAGUUGUUACAGUUAGAAUAAAAGCUCGUAAUGACAAUGUUCCAGUGAUCAAACAAGAUACAUGCCAAAUUAAACUGUCACCUGACACAUCAGUUGGUACACAACUUGUACAAAUUGAAGCUGUUGACAUUGAUGUUGAUUCUAAUAGCAAAAUAUCCUAUUCUCUAACAUCAGGUAAUACUAAUAGCAAGUUUGCUAUUGAUCCAAAUUCUGGCUAUGUGACUCUUGCAAAUACACUGUCUAGUAUACCCACCUCAUUUCGUCUAGUAGUUUCUGCUUUUGAUGGAACACGAAGGUCCCAAAAUAAGGCUGUUUUGCAAAUAAUGAUUGAAGAUCAACGGACUGCGAAGCAUGUUUCCUGCACGGUAUCUAAUAUGUAUGUCCGAGCCUUGACGUCAAAACAAACUAAGGUUGCCACAAAUCCCGUCAAGCCAGUGAUUACUGGUAAAACCCCAAGAAAUGCCUAUGCACCAAAGUUCACAGACAAAGUGCUAACCGUUACUGUUUCAGAGAAUGUAAAAGUCGGAACUGUACUAGCAACAUUAAAAGCUGUUGAUAACGAUGAUGGUUAUGAGGGACUGUUGACAUAUUAUAUUGUUGAUGGUAAACAAAAUCACUGCUUUGGUAUUGAUGCUCUAACUGGGGAACUGAGACUAAUUGCAGGUCUGAAUUGGGAACAUGUUGCAAAGCAUGAAUUAAAUGUGUCCGCAUGGGAUUCUGGAGUUUCAAGAAAAGUUGGUUUUGUUAAAGUGGCUAUAGUUUUUGAAAAUGAAAAUGAUAAUCCACCUAAAUUUUCUCAAGAUUUUUACAAUGUUUCUUUUUCUGAGAAUUUGCCACCAGGAACAACAAUUGUAAAGCUGAUUUCAAGAGAUACUUUGGUUAGUAAAAGAUUUACCUUCAAGCUAGUCAAUGAUUACAAUAAACUCUUUUCUGUGGAUUCUGGAAGUGGAGGUUUGAAAUUGAUAACAAGCAAACAGCUGGACUUUGAAGAACAAAAACUUUAUGAAAUCCAGGUGUUGGCUUUAGAUGGAUCAUUUGGAAAUAAGCCAACCCCUCGAGCAGAUAUAAUUGUGAAUGUGGAGGACUUCAAUGAUAAUUAUCCAGUCGUUUAUCAUUCAAAUCCACAUGUCAUCAUAAUGGGAGAUCUUCCAGUGGGAAGCCCUAUUACUCAAAUCACUGCUGGUGAUGCAGACUCUGGAGAUGACGGAGAAGUAAGUUUUGCAAUGAUUAAAAGUUUUGGAUCUGAACUUUUCUCAAUUGACAGUAACACUGGUCUUAUAAAACUCAGUAGUUCACUGGCUGGAAAAACACAAGUGAGCUAUAAUUUAUCUCUUACUGUAAGUGACAGAGGUAAACCAUCCUUAACCAUAAAUACGUAUGUUAAUAUCCUUGUCAUCCAGAGAACUGGUGGUCAGAGUCUUAAAGUGAUAAGCAGUCAUAGUGGAAUUUCGCAGUAUGUUGUGAAUGAAAAUCGCCCUGCUGGAGAAAAAAUUGCAGAACUUGGUGGCAGUGAUAUUCCUGCAUCCAAAAGGGGUAAAUAUUUAUUCUCUAUCAUAGAUGGAACAGAUGUAACAAUGUUUAAUGUCGCAGGUACACCUGCUUGGCUCAAAACUACAGGAUCAUUAGAUCGCGAAGAAGUACCUUUCUAUUGGCUAACUAUCCAAGUUGUUAACAAGCAGUCCAAACAAUUCCACGGUAUCAUGCAAAUUCUCAUUAAGGUUGAAGAUGAAAAUGACAAUGGUCCUAGUUUUUAUCCUCCUGUGUAUGAGAGCAGUAUACCUGAGAAUACGAAACCAGGUGAAUUUGUCAUUGCUCUAACAGCAAAUGAUGCAGAUUCUGGUGAGAAUGGCAAUGUAUCAUAUGCGAUUAUUCAAGGGAAUGACAAGGGACAUUUUGAUAUAGAUGCUGCUACUGGUAUUAUUACUACAACCGACAUACAAUUAGAUUUCGAAAAUCAAACAAUGCUCAGGCUUCUAGUUUCGGUCGCUGAUGGUGGGAAGCAGCGAAAGACAAACCAAGCAAUGGUCACAAUUUAUGUGCAAGAUGAGAAUGAUAACCAUCCAAAAUUCCAUACUGACCUAACUGUUCAAUAUUCCAUGUCUGGUAGAAAUAACCUUCCAACAAACACACUUCUUGGCCAAGUUCUUGCACACGAUAAAGACAAUGGUAAAAAUGGUGCUUUGACUUUUAGAAUACUAAGUGGAAAUACUGGUGGAAAGUUAAGAAUCAAUGCUAAGUCAGGACAACUGUAUAAUAAUAUUCCUAUUAGUGAUGUAGAUGCCUUUCAAUUAGAAAUAGAGGCUAAAGACAGUGGUCAACCAUCUCUAUCGUCUACCACGUCAGUGACUGUAUUUAGUCAAAUAUCCCAAAAUCCUGGAAAAAAUCCUCCCAUAUUUCCCAAGAAAGUCGAGGAAAUAUCUUUGUCAGAAAGUACACCUGUUGGUCAUAAAAUUGACAUACAGUCGGCUAUUGAUAAGGACUAUGAUACUCCCUCAUAUUUCAUAUACACUGGCAAUGAAGAGCAAAAAUUCAGGAUGAAUAAUUUUAGAAAUAAAUUAGAAGUGAUUGCAGAACUUGAACCACCUUCCUAUCAACUUAUUAUUGGUGCAAGUGAUGGAUUGUAUUCUGGCAACUUCACGCUGAAUAUCAAAAUCAAGGAUAUAAAUGAUCACUAUCCAGUACCUCAAAUGACAGAGAAAAUUGCAACAAUACCAGAAAAUGCUGAUCCAGGAAAAAAAGUUACCAAAGUUUCUGGUAAGUAUAUGCUUCUAUACAGUUUGUUUCUACACACUACAGUAGUUAUAAUUGUUACUGUAAUGCAUUGGCACUCCAGCAUGCUGGAGCUGCUGUACUCAUAAAUACAUGUGUUACUACUAAAUACAUGUAUGUAUAUUUGUGUCACUACUAAAUACAUGUAUUUAUAUUUCUACUGGUACACAUGUACAGUCUCCAGCGGAUUUGUUUUACACUUUUACUUAAAUUAACCAUUGUCUGUUCAACGCUGUUUCCUGUCCAGUUUGAAUGUACUGUAUUUAUAUAGUGUAAAGUAUGUACAGACAGUACAGUACAAUAUAUAUAAUUGUACAUUUUAGAUAUAAUGGCCUGCAUUCUGCCCUUCAGUAGCCUCGCGUGUGUGCCUUCCAGUCAUUCAUGUUCAUUCUAAUCUAUUUGAUAAGUUUGUAUACGUAUGUUUUAGAAUAACUAGGCAUAAUCUGACCCAAGUUGGUUCGAUUAAGAGGUUGAAAACUUUAGAAAUCCUACACUAUUCUACAAGAUAUCAAACAUGCACAUGGUGACAACCAUAUCCCAUAUACAGCACAGGCGGCCCAAUCUCGCAAGGGUCAGUAUAGACUUAUAGUAUAAAUGUAUAUUUAUAGUAAUGUUGUAUACUAUAGUAAAAAUAUGUCAUAAAAUAUAAAUUUUAAAAUGAAAUUGACUUGCCUAUUUAAUGGUGUGUGUUCUCCUUUUAUUCCUCCUUUGUUGGACUAAUAUUUUCCGAGACUUUGUACACACACCAUUAAAUAGGCAAGUCAAUUUCAUUUUAAAAUUUAUAUUUUAUGACAUAUUUUUACUAUAGUAUACAUUACUAUAAAUAUACAUUUAUACUAUAUAAAGUAUAUACUGACCCUUGCGAGAUUGGCGCCGCCUGUGUAUACAGUAGCAUAAUCUUUGACGAGUCCAUAUUCUUUCAUGCAACACAAAUGCUAUUAUUGUUUACGGCGAAUCUUGCAGAUCUGCUAAAAAUAGUUAGUUAAUUAAUCUCGGUCAGUAAAACGUCGUUCUGCGCCAACAUAUGACAUAUCAACAAAAGUAUAUUGUCAAUGUAUUGCUGAUCUCAAGUGCGGUAUGUUAUUAAGAGGUUGUUAAGUGCUAUAAGUUUUUAGAUCACUUCCUUCCUUAUCUCAAAAGGUUUUACGUUGGCGGUUUUUUUAAUAAUCUUAAUCUUGACCUCAGGGUUACCAGAAGUGACAAAUUCCCUACACAUUAUUGUUCACAUUUUAAGGUCUUUUAAAAAUCUGGAAUUUUUAGCAAUUAAGACGAAUAGCGAGAAUUUUCGAGAAGAUUAAAAGGAAAAAGCCGUCUUUAUAAAGUUGCCGUCUACAAUCUGAAAAAAAAGUAAAUUUGUCAUUACUGUAGUAAGACAAUUAUGUUAUAUCUGAAUAUUCUAGAACUCUUAUCUCGUCCAAUUAUUUUUAAAAGCUGUUUUAAACAGGCUUUUAGCUUUAUUUAAAUUUAACAUGCAUAGUGUAUAAAAAUGUGCUGAAUGGUUAAUAUUGGAUUUUGGUGAUAUGCCGUUGAACUAAGUAUGAAAACUUCCUCCCUAAUGAAUCUUCCUCCCUAAUGAAUCUUCCUCCCUACACCAGUCUUUAGCGACCCCAGUGACGUAUCUUAUUCACUUGCGUGACUUGUCUAUGUCAAUACGUCAUUUCAGUUUUUGUAAUUAUUUAUCAAAUUGUUUAUGUUUUCAAUAGCAUCCGACCUUGACUUUGGCGACAAUGCCAGACUGAGAUAUUCCUUCAAGUCAGCCACUCAGCCCAAGUCUCUUCGUCUAUUCUCUCUCAACGAAGACUCUGGUGAAAUAUUUCUCACUGGUAAACUGGAUUACGAGGAUAUUAAAAAACAUGUACUGUUAGUAGAAAUCAAAGACCGAUCAUCUAAACCUAAAGACAGUAUGAUGUACGUUGUUGUUAAUGUGGAGGAUGUGAAUGAGUGGAAACCAGUUUUUGUCAAACAAUCUUAUGACGUAUACAUUCAGGAGAAUCUACCACGUGGUAGUGACGUUGUUAAGGUUAUUGCCAAGGAUGCGGACCAAGGCUUGAAUGGAAUAUUGAAGUAUUCAAUAACAUCUGGAAAUCAUGGCUAUGCUUUCUCCAUCAGACCACAGAGUGGCGUAAUCCAGAUAAAUAAAGUACUAUCAGCUUCAGAUAUCUCUGAGUAUGUAUUGACUGUGGAAGCAAGAGAUGAUGGUUCACAUGGUCUUUCUGCGACUGUCAAUGUAACGGUUAGUAUGCUGCAGAAAACGUCGACUUUGGGGCUUUAUUAUAAAGUCGUUUUCCAUUACGGUCGCUUUGCUCGUGUGGGCACGAACGUUUUUGGACAUGGGCUUUCGCUGGACAGCUUCAAAUUGCAAAGCGACUGUAAUUGAAAACGCCCUAUAGUCUGCUACAGUGUACAGGUGUAUAAACCCUAAUGUUGAACUUUUCAACCUGAAAAAUUCGAAAACUCGUAAUGCAUAUGCUGUAGAUGAUAUACCUUCUCUCUCCAGAUGAAGGGGCUUCGCUCGAAACGUCGAAGCGUUUUUAAUGUUUUUCAGGCUGAUAAGUAUCAACACCUUGUGUUUAGUGUAUACUGCAUGUAUGUACUAUGUAGUCAUGUUUCUAUUGGCCACUCCAAAAUUGAGAGGUUGCCUAAAUGCUCCUGCCAUUCUGUACUUUGGGAAAAUUAGGAGUAUAUUGCAGUGAGGGGGGGGGGGGGGGGGCAACCAUGAAAGCAUUGAAAGGCUAUAAAUUAGGCAAAUGUACAUGAAAUUUAAGGCGAAAAAGUUUAAGGAGCUGAGAUUUGCAGUAUAUAGUAACAUGGUGACAACCUAAUUUCGCCUCUAUUUCGCGAAGUGUCCGGCAUUGGUGUACUGGGAUCAAUUCUUCUUUCAGCUCUGAUGGUAUGGAUAUGACUCGAAUCGGGAAAGAAGUAAAUACAGCAUACAGAAAAUACAAGGAACAUUUGUCCUUGCAUAUAUGUGUAGACGUAGUUCAUAAUAAUUGAUGCCCUCUGUCUCAAAGGCCAAAAAUUUUUUUUGAAACACGAUUACGUAUUUUGCCGGCAAGACUUUCGUUCCGUACUCUCCGAUUUUCAUUGGUAUAUUUGCAAUGGUAAAGGUUCGGGCUCAGCAAUUUUGUGUGCGGUCAGUCGCUAAGAUAAAUUGACUAUGCAUAAUGUAUUCAUAAAACAAGGAUAAUGAUAUUUUACGUGUAUUUAUUUUAGAUACGUCUACAACGCAAUGGUUAUAAAUCUGGUUUUGCCAAAUCGUCAUACUCAGCAUCUGUGUACGAGAAUGAACCUGUUGAUACAUACGUUACCUCUGUCAACUUCAAUGGAUUGAUGACAGUGUAUACAAUCAUUGAGGACACUGAAUGUGCUGACCAUUUUCAGAUCAAUCCAUUUACUGGUGUUAUAUCUACUAAGGUAAUUGAAUAUAAGCACCCAAGUACGAGUUCACUAUAUAUACCAUAUUAGCCUUUCUCACGAUGACGAAUAUCCGCCAUUUUUGGGUGGCAUCUAAUUAUUGAACCAAUGGAGACAAUUAAAACAAUGCGAAAAGCAAUUUCUCAAAAUAAACUAACCAUUUACAAUUUAAAUUUACCACAUUCGUCAAAAAAAUUAUAAAAGGUCGCUGUUAUGUGGACUUAUCUCGCACAUUUCGGCUGAAAAGCCACCCAAAAAUGGCGGCGUGAGAAAGGCUAAUUGAAUAUAUUCUCCUGAAUAUAAGCAACGAAAUACAGUAGAAGUCCACAAGAAACCAACUAAGACAAGUCCAAGGCUAUGGAGUACGAUUUUGAAUAUUUGAGUACUGACCUCUGGAGUUUUGCGUGUAUUUUGGUCUUCUGGAUUGGGAGCACCACGUCGUAAAUUCUCUGGCUGAGACAAUCAUAUACGAGUAAUUGUGUAUGACCAAGUGGGUUAGGCCUUCGUAUUAUAUUUCCGAACAGUACUGCAUGUGUACAUGCUUAGCUUGUGGAUAUUUUAUAUUCUAUGUGAAAUUCUAUAAAUGUUAAUCAAGUCAACUUUCUUUUCUUAACAGGAAAUUCUCGAUGCAGAGAAAACAUCUCUCUGCCCGCUACGAGUGAGGGCAGAAGAUGGAAGUGGAUUUGCACAAGAAAUUUCACUUGAUAUAGAGACAAAAAACAAGAACGACAACAAUCCUGUGGUUGAACAUGCUUUCUUUACUGGUUAUAUUGAAGAAAAUUCUCCUGAAGACUCCCAGGUUUUAAAUUCUGAUGGUCGUCCUUUGGUAAUCUCAGCUCGUGAUAGUGAUAUAUUCAAUUCUCAGCUGAAAUAUAAAAUAAUCAAUUCUGCUGUGACGCGUUAUUUCAAGAUUGGUGAACAAACGGGAGAAAUCCGCACCACCAAGGUAUUGCCAACUGCUUUUGUAUAAACAAAAAUGAAAUAUAGAUAUUAUUAUAACUCAUAAUAUAUGGAAUUUCCAGAUGAAUGACACGAGGCUCGUUUCAGAUGGCGUACUUAAAAGACAAAUUAAGUACGACGGAAGAGCAACGUAUAAAUUAGUCUAAUAUUAAGAGAUAUUUUAAGACUUUAUAACAGAUGUAUUGUAGCAGCUUACACAAAGUAUUGACACCUUUAUUUUUUGUCAUUGUAGGUUACUCUGGAUUAUGAAACACGACAAUCAUAUCGACUCCUUGUGAAAGUGAGUGAUCAAGGAACACCGUCUUUAUCCACCAUCACAACUGUGAUUAUUCAUCUAAAAAAUAUCAACGAUGUCAAACCAAAAUUCUCUAGUAAUACCAUAGAAGUCCGUGUUUACCUCCCAGUGUACAAAGAUGUACAUAUUACCACCUUAACUGCCUCUGAUCGUGAUAACCUUGGUAACCUCGCUUUUACAAUUUCUCAACAAGACACGCCGUCUUUGUUAGAUGUAGAUAGUUCGAGUGGUAGGGUGUUCAUUAAGGAUCCUUCGAAUGCCCAAAAAGGAUGGUACAACGCUGGGGUACAAGUGAAUGAUGGCAAAUGGACAAGCAGCGCCAAACUUCGUGUUGUAUUCAACCCAAUAACACCAACAAGCUUCCGGUUUUCCGAACCAUUCUUCCAAACUCAUGCUCGUGAAAAUAUUUCUGAAGUACAGGCAGUCUUUACUCCGUUUGUCCGUGGUUAUAACGUCUGGGAAAGACUUCGGUUUAGUCUUAGUAACUUUGAAGAUAUGUUCACGAUUCAAGAGAGCACUGGCGUAGUAAAAACUAAACCUGGGGUUGUACUAGAUCGAGAACUGAUCGCUUCGUAUCGUCUCGUUAUCAUGGUCCAGGAUGAACGAACUCCGCCAAGAAUAGCUCGGUGUUUAGUUACUGUCGUUCUAGACGAUGUAAAUGACUGUAAACCAACAUUCCCUCCGCCACCAAUAUUCUUUGUGGUGUCAAAGAGAGCUGAAACUGGUUCCACUAUAGCAACUAUAGCUGCGUCUGAUUGUGAUAUUGGAAGAAAUGCCGAGAUCAGGUGGGUAAUGUGUGAUCUAUCGAUUUGUUGAAUAAGAUUCAGUGGAAUAGACUAAUCCACUGUUGUCCAACUAGUCUCGUAUCCAGAGUGUACUGUACCCGUUCGCACUCACCCUAAUUACUUUCAAACAAGCAUGCUAUGGUUACGUAAAGAGUACAGCAUUCUGGGGGUGUUACAGUGCUACAAGAAGAUCUAGGGAAAGCCAUUUUAAGCCAAAAACAAUGGAUAGGAAAGCAGCAGACACUCAAUUCAACCAAUAACAAUUAAAUAUUACAUAUGCAGAUACAAAAAAAUAUUUCCUGCAUACAAUUUGUCUACUAAUAUUUCUGUAGUAUCUCUCUCAUUUCCAUUCAAUAUAACAAAAGUUUUUUUCGUUUUGCCUAAUAAUCUUAGUUCAUCAGUAUAAUUCUCGAACGAUCGGUGCCACAGUGUAGGUAUUGCGAAGAUACCAUGCAAAUGUACUCUUUGUAGGUAAUUCCAAUAUGUACUUAAAAAGUACAAAAUGAGCUUCGACAUUUUGAACGAAGGCCCUUCAUCUGAAAUUUAGCAACCUACUAUGUUUUAGUAUUGUUCAGGUACUUGUAUCACCUACAAAGACGACAGUUAUGACAAUAUAACAAUAUAACAAUAUAACAAUAUCAUGUCUUUUUUCCAGGUACGAAAUAAAGAAAGAUGAAAGCAGUAUGUUUGGUAUUGAUCCCAGUUCUGGUGCAUUAAGUGUACUUGGUCAGUUAGAUGGUCUCACUACUCCAGCUGAGUUCACGUUGACCAUUGAAGCUAAAGAUUCAGGAGAGAAUCCUUUAAAGUCUGAAGCUGAAGUGUCUGUCAGGAUUGAGUCUGGCGAUGCAUGCAUAUUCGAGAAACCGUCAUAUACUGUGGAGUUGGCUGAAAACGCUAUGAUUGAUAGAGUGUUUAAACAACUUCAUGCCAGAUGUCCAAAAGGAAAGCUGUUUUCAGCAUUGUAUCAGGAGAUAACUACAGUCAAUUUGAGUGCGAUGUUAAUUCUGGUAAGUUUGUUGAAUGUUACUUUUAAUGGUUCUAAAUUAUUGUCUUACUCCAAGGGUUUAGUGCUUCACUUAACCCCGAAAUCUAUCAUACAUUAGUAAUGAUUUAGCACCAGCCCAGUUUCGACGUAAUCAAGUUAGGCGCUUGUAUGACUCCAUUAUUUAGUUCUUAAUUUCAUUCUAUAAUAAGUCUUUUCCAGUGCAGAUCGUCAUAUUCAAUACAUAAUAGGCAUUUUAAAGAUGUUCUGGCUUCAGAAUACAUAACCGUUGUACUUUAUUACUCCUUCUCUUUCAAGGACUUUUCAUUGACAAAUAAAACAGUCUGCAAAGUAAAAUAAUGAAGUUCCCAUCUGACUCAUCAGAAGGUUAAUGGAAUUUAGGAGUAUAUGAAUCUAUGGUGGCCGGACAUUUUGCCGAAAGACACUUUGCCGAAAGACAUUUUGCCGAACGAACAUUUUGCCGAACGGACGUUUUGCCGAACGGACGUUUUGCCGAACGGACAUUUUGCCGAACGGACAGUUUGACGAACGGACAGUUUGACGAACGGACAACUUGCCGAAAAUAGAGAUAUCUUAAUUCUGAACUUUAAAGGUUUCGCUUACACGGUCAAAGUUUCUGUGAUUAAAGUCAUUGUCGAUUUCGAUGACAGGAACUUUGAUAGUGAAGUAUAGUUUCGUUUUAUAUUCUUUCAAGUUUUGAUAAGUUUACCAAAAUUUCGCGAUAUAUAAAAGAAUAACAUCAUUCAACAUUAUUCAUGAAUACGAUUUCCCAGAGAACUGUGAAUGUAUUCCAUGAUUCUCAAAGUGAAAUUCGCUUACGUCGUUGUCUUUAUAUACGCUUGUUUGUUUAUGACCUGACGUCAAAACAGGUUCCUAGCAAAUGAGUCCUCCGGUGUACAAACAAGGUAUACCAAUAGUCAAUAGUUAUGUACUGCUAACGACUCAUUAUGCCCUGCUAAUGACCAUUAUGCACUGCUAAUGACCAUAUAAUGGUUAUUUUACACAAUAGUUGAGAAUUACACUGUUGAGAAAUGAGUCACAGUCCCAAAAAUUUUGACAAAAUAACAUCUCUAUUUUCGGCAAGUGGUCCUUUCGGCAAACUGUCCAUUCGGCAAAAUGUCCUUUCGGCAAAAUGUCUUUCGGCAAAGUGUCUUUCGGCAAAAGUCCGGGUACCUGAAUCUAUAUUUGAAUUUAUUCUGUAGGCGAGUUAUCCUUGUUGUCCGAAUUGGAUUUUGAAGAGAUCCCAAGCUACGUAUUAUCAGUUCGUGCACAGGAUUCAAAGACCGGUGCCUCGAGCCUCGCCACACUUCACGUCCUUGUUAAAGACAUUAAUGAUAACCCUCCAGUGAUUGAAGAUUCUCCGUACUUUGUGAAAGUAAAAGAAAGUUCUCCUGUGAGAACCAGCUUGUUGCGUGUUCACACGAGUGAUAAAGAUUACGGCGAGAAUCAAAGACGCUCUUACCAGAUCGUGAGUGAUACCUCAGUAAUACCAGGAUCAUUUGUAAUCACCGAAGACACGGGUAUUUUAAGGAUAGAGAAAAAGUUGGAUUAUGAAACACAGAAACGUUGUGAUAUUGUUGUACGGAUUACUGAUCAUGGUGUGCCAUCAUUGUCUGCCGAAACUGUAGUUACGGUAAUAAUAACAUUUCUUGUUUACGUGUACAAUAGAACGUACAUCUGAGUACAAACAUUCUAGAUAAAGCAUGCAUAAUACCCACACUCAAAGAGAGCCCUUCUCACAACACACAAUGUACAACGCUAAAAAUUACUUUCAAUCGAUAAUUCAUUUUCUAUUUGUUCCUUUCAUCGUAAAACGAAGGCGUGGAAUAAUGCUAAUUAUCCCAACACUUUUGGCCACGAACGUACGUCCUACUGUAUGUUCCUAUCAUCGUUUCCUCUCUUUGUCUGUCUAUUUGUUUUAGUGCUUGUAUUUCGCAAUGCUGCAUUUUGUGUAACUUUCCUUUCCCCAAAUUCCAUAUCAACGUACGUUGUUACGAACUUCCUGGUCAAGUGCUUUUGCUCGAAAUGUCGGGCUUCGUUUGAUAGUUUUAUGUGGAUUUGCAAGAUCAAGUUAAUCCGAAUCCUCAACUUUGUUUUUAUUUCAAUUCCACUAGGUGUUGGUGAAAGACGUGAAUGACCAUGCGCCGGUAUUCCAGAGAUCUCAUUACCACGCAACUGUGAUGGAGAAUGGUGGACCGAGCCAUUUCAUAACAAGGGUUGUUGCCAAAGAUGGAGACGAGAGUGAUUACUCAAAAUUGAAAUACAGUAUCGUUCCUGGCACUGGAACAAGAUAUUUUGUAAUAGAUGAAAAGUCCGGUGUGGUGUCUCUUUCUGAAGUACCAGGCAUUGCACUUGGCAAGGUUUAUACCUUGGAACUCUCUGUGUUUGAUGGUAACCAUACCUCGUUUACUAAACUUGAUGUUGUUGUUGGACAAUCUAACAACCAUCCACCUAAAUUCCAGAAAGACGUUUACCAAGCACAGAUCACAGAGAAUUACCCUGCUGAUAGUUAUGUUGCCAUGGUAACCGCAACUGAUCAAGAUUCUGGCAAGUUUGGUGAGGUAGUGUAUGCCAUCGACAGUCCAGCAGUGACGAAAGAUUUCAAAAUUGAUCCAAAUACUGGUAUCAUAACGACAGAAAGGUCUCUGGAUCGCGAGCUCAUGAGCACAAUCACUAUUCCUGUUCGUGCAAGUGAUGAGGGUGGAGAAACGACAAUUUGCAGUGUGAAGGUACAGUAUGACUCUUCUACUGGUUGUACUACAUUUUACCGAUUAUAUUACUAUACCAUCUCGUUCAAUACCUUUUACACUUUUUAUACAUAAGGUUGCUCUUGUGUAAGUAUAUGGUGGAAAAUCACGAUGUGUUUAAAGUACACUAACUAUACACAAGUUUCCUAAGUCAAAGAAUGGAUGUCAUUACUGUAUGUGUGCCCAGUAGUAGAUGAAGUUAUUUGCAAAUGGUACGUACAACAACUUCAGUAACCUUGUACGGGUCUGCGAUAGCAGCUGGUCUGCGGUCUUCCAAGUAGCCCUUGUGGUACGCACCGUUCGCAAUUCAUGAAUGACUUCGUGUACUUGCGUCCACGUGCGCCCGCGGGUGCGUCCGUCCUGCGGGCGCCGUGCGUCCGUCGUGUGCGUCCACUGUGCGUCUGCGGCCGCUUGCGUGUGCGUCCACUGUGCAGCUGAGAAAGAGUUCUCUUCGUAGACCGUCGGAAAUUAUCGCGCUUUGCUUUUCAGUCAUAGACAAACCGUGGGCAUAGGAAAAUAUUCAUGCUAGCGAUUUCAUGUUUUUAUAUACAAGCGUUGCAGACCUAUAUUUUUAUAUUUCUAAUAUUAAACUUACCGUGAAGUUUCAGAAUUUGUGCUUCGUAAAGUUCCUUUUCGUAUUGAACCUCUACUUUCGCACCUUCGUAUAACGUUUGGUUUAAACCCAGUAUUCUUUUAACAUUGCCAGUUGGCAAAAUGCACGUGGUUUUAUAUCUUCUUCGAAAAAACGAAUUCAUACGUUUUGGUUGAUGAGUAAGCGAUCGAUAGCUCAUUUUAUUAGUCAGAUAUUAGUCUGAGCUCUUCAAUUCGGCUUUAGCGAAUUAUACUGCAACUUUGAAAAUCAAACGAUGAGUCACAGUCAUUGAACCGUGUUGAAACACAAAGACUGUUUCCUGGACAUGUAAAGGUAUUCCAUUAAGGGAUUAAGAGAAGUAAUUUAUUCAGAAAGUAUCGGGUAAUUAUCAAUUUGUAUGACAUAUCACCAUGUGCAUUUACUUUGUUUUGGAAAAACAACAAAAACUUGUUGCUGUAAAUAAAGUUAUAUAGUGGCUCGUAGUAAUGGUAUUUUAUAUGAAAAAUCAAAAGCACUAGGCUAUAUACAGUAUAUUGUAAAUGAGCAUCUUCGUUUUAAUAUACUGACGAGUUACGGAGACAUAACAUUACUCAAAUACAGAAUUGCAUAUCAACUAAUCGGCAGUCUUCUACGAGGUAAGUCAGAAUUUGAGUAGCAAAUGAAUGUGUUGCGAGAUAUAUAUACUUGUUGUAGUCGUGAUCUCACUGAGUUUACAUGUGUCAACAUUAUAUUUAUAUAGUUUAUGUCCAACAUAUUUUACGCUCCAAUAUACAGUCAUACGCUUCAAUCGCGACUCGAAUACGUGUGAUUGCAUUGUAAAAGCAUUACAUUAAGUAUAACGUAAAAAAUGGUUAUACUAAAUGUAAUGCCUAAUGUUUCAAUGAAACUCAUUUUCGGAUUGAACUUUUUAUUCUUUGCUUCUCCGAUCAUCGACACUGAUCUGUAUUCUCACGACAAACUACGAGUAUGAUGCAAAUAUUAGUCCGUUUUUCCGAUUAUGUUACGACUGCAUCCAAGCGGACGCAGUUUUUAGCUGGAGGCCGGACGCGGGCGCUCUGGAGGCAGGACGCGGGCAGAGCAGACGCAAGACGCGGGCGUCUUGGAGGCCGGACGCUGGCGCUCUGGAGGCAGGACGCGUGCACAGUGGACGCAAGACGCGGGCGUUCUGGAGGCAGGACGCGGGUAGACGCGGGGACAAGUUAUUAUUUGGCAGUACUGUACCUUAACCAAAAUAUAGGUCAUAACAAAACAUAGCAUUGCGUAGAGUGUUAUUCAGUGAAGAUUGGCCCUUACUGUAGAACAACCUGACGUCUUCUAUUGUACUAUAUAUUGACAAUGGAAUUAAUCUGAUUAUAGGUUAAAAUUCUGGACGAAAACGAUAACCAACCUAGGUUCCAAAUGCCAUCCUAUACAGCUGUUGUUUCCACAAGCAAUACCUCUGUAGGUGAAAGCGUUAUCAGAGUGACAGCAGUUGAUCCAGAUGAUGGUGAUAAUGGUGCUCUGACGUACAGUCUCGUUGGCCAGAGAUCACCGUAUGUAUUCGGUGUUGAUGCAUCAUCAGGGGUUAUCUCUUUUCUUAGAAAACCAAUGGAAUCCGUCUACGACUUCUACGUACGCGCCAAUGACAAUGGAUAUUUGAAAUUGAAAAGUUAUACUCCAGUACGGGUAUAUAUUAUUCAAAACCUUCUAUUCAAGUUUAAAUAUCCUAGUUAUUCGUUCACAUUUUCUGAAACUGUCCAAGGAGCUGUUUCAGCUAGAUUUACACUUAUUGAUGAUCAAGGUAUUCCCGUCACAUCCAAUAUUGAUUACUCUGUAGAAAUUGGCAAUAACGUGCGAACAAAUAAAGAUGAAACCUUCACUAUUAGCUCUGCAGGACAGUUGCAAGUAUCUCUGAGUUUAGACUAUGAAACAGUGCAAAGUUAUGAUCUUACCAUUAAGGCAAACAGGUCAACAUUUUCUUCGUAUGCUGUAGUUCAUAUCGAUAUCCUUGAUGCUAAUGACAAUAAACCGAAAUUUGAGUCAGAUCUUUAUACCGUAAACGUUCCUGAGAAUGCCGCCAAAGGACGUAACAUUGUGCAAGUACGAGCGCAUGAUAUGGAUAGUAAUGAAAAUGCUUUGGUUUCAUAUCAACUGGCAUCUGAGUCCAAAUCAUUGUCACAUAUUUUUACUGUUGGUUCAAAGACAGGUUGGCUUAGUGUUAAUGGAAGUUUAGAUCGAGAAACUGUUGCUUCAUAUAUUGUUAAAAUUGACGCGAGAGAUCAUGGACGAGAUAUUUCGUUGAACAGUACGACCAGUGUUAAGAUUAUUGUUGACGAUGUCAAUGACUCACCACCAAGUUUCUCACAACAAGUAUAUAAAGUUUCAAUAAGAGAAGAUCUUCCUGUGUACUCAACAGUUCUUGUCUUGAAUACCGUGGACAGAGAUACAAAGUCUGAUGUUAUAUACUACAUCGUACAAGGAGAUCUCCAAAACAAAUUUGACAUUGAUCAAGCCUCUAGGAAGAUUUACCUAAGUGCGAAACUUGAUCGAGAGAUGUUUCCAAGAUAUCUGUUGAACAUCACAGCAUUUGAUGGAGCAUUUACUGCAUCAGCUCUUGUUGAGAUAGAAAUUACCGAUGUGAAUGAUAACAAACCUAUCUGCCAACAGUCCAGUCUGAGUCUGUCUGUCUAUGAAGAUCUUGUUGUCGGCUCGUCUAUUGUUACCAUUAAUGCCAGCGAUACGGAUGCUGAUAACAACAGUAAAAUAAUCUUCCGAAUUCAUAGUUAUUCCAAUAUAUUCGCGAUCAAUAGAGAUAAAGGUAAGAAAAGAUUCUUUCGGACUUUUAUAUACAGCCACAACACACAAUCAUUACAUAUAACCGUUACCUACCUACCUACUGUACCUACCUAUCUACCUGCCUGUCUACCUACUCACUUACGUAACUACCUACUGUACCUUCCUACCAACUAACAAACGGCCAGUGCACGUGUAGGUUGAUGUGUCCAUCUAUCUACCUUACACUGUAACAGUACCUACCCAUGGUGGGAUAAUUCAAGAUUUUAUUCGUACCUGACUACCGCGUACUUGAGCUGAUACAAACGUAAGCCUCAAGGAGGACGUGAUCUUUAAAAUGAAGUAAAUAAAGUACAGGUUUCUGUAAGGUAUUCAUUCGGUAACCUGAAACUAGAAGUUAGAGCAAGGAGCACAAUUGCUUAUACACACAACUACAAUCGUCUCCAACACUCUUUAGUUCCACCAGUCCAAUUACGUUUCAUGCCAAGACAUGCACGACUUUCACAUUUCUAUCAACUCCUUACCACCUCCCUGUACGUACUACCUAUUUUUAUAUCCACCCAUGUGACCAAUGCUCAAACCGCAACCAAUCACUUGCCACCCAGUUUACCUCUUAACGUAAUUGCCUGUUUUUGUUUGCUUUUCAUUUAAACUUUCUGUUCUUUAAUAGGUAAUGUUGUGCUUAAACAUGCCUUGGAUCGUGAGAAAAAAUCCAGCUACCACCUACUUAUUUCUGCUUCAGACGGAGACAGUUCUUGUUAUACCAAUCUUACUAUAGAUAUAUUGGAUGUUAACGAUUGCCCGCCUCAGUUCACAAAAACUCGCUAUAUAAAGUUGAUCGCCGUUGAUGCUAAAGAAAAUGCUUUCUUACUUCGAGUUGAAGCGACUGACCAAGAUCUUGGAAAGAACCGUAAAAUUGGGUAUGGCUUUAUGAAUUUAUCAACUGCUGACCUCUUUACAAUUGAAAAGGAAACUGGAGUGAUAUUAUUAAAGAGUAGGUUGUUACAACGAGAUGAGGAGAAAUUUGUUUUUAAUGUCAUAGCUACAGACGGUGGUGUGCCGUCACUGUCAUCCAUUGCAAAUGUUGAAAUUACCGUGUCAACCAUCGAAAAUUGUCCUUUUGCCAAGGACGUGUACAAGAAUGACAUUUCAGAACAUGUUAAACCUCCAUACGUGGUUGAUACAGCAUCUGUGAACUGUAGUAGCAAGGAUUUCAGUAUCAUUUAUAAAAUAGCAAGUCAACUUGAUAACAUUCAUAAGUUGUUUGAGAUCGAUACGAAUACAGGAAAGAUUACACUGAAGUCAGCACUUGAUUAUGAAACUACGCGUACGCACAUCUUUACUGUGGAAGCUCUUAUGGUGAAACCAUCUGGUAAAACUAUUCUCAUCAGCUCAGCUUCAGUCAAAAUAAAGGUGCUAGAUUAUAACGACAACCAGCCUGCCUUCAGUAGGCGAUCUUAUGAAGCUUCAGUAAAUGAACGAAGUGAUAACGGCACGAUAGUAAUUCUUCUUUCUGCUGCUGAUAACGACACCUCGAGUCAUAUUCAUUUCUCCAUUAUAAAGUCAGUACCAAAUGAUCAUCCUUUCAUGAUUGAUGCUUUGAAUGGAAUUGUUACUGUACAAGGUGAACUAGAUCGUGAGCAAGUGAGUAAGUAUGAACUUGUGGUACGUGUUCAAGAUGAUGGUAAUCCACCAUUAUUUUCGGAUGUAAAACUGGUUGUAAACAUUAAAGAUUUGAAUGAUAACCCUCCAGUAGUAGAGAAAGAGAUAAAAAUGUUGCUUCGUACAGGCACUCCUUUCGGCACUUCUAUUUUACAACUCAAUCCUACAGAUGAAGACGGACCAAGAAAUUCCAAACCGUUCAAGUUUAGCAUCAUAUCCGGUGGAAACAGUGCGUUCAAGUUAAAUUCUUCCUCUGGAGCGUUGCUUGUUCAAAAACCUCCAACUCAACACAAUAUUACAUAUAACAUGAUCUUGCAAACAGUUGACAGUGGUUCACCAGCAUUAUCUGCACAAACACAUGUUGAAAUAACGGUCGUUAAACCAACCGUGAACCCUCCUGAUGUUCAACCCAUUAUGUUUAUGUUAAUAUGCUUGUUCAUAAAUUUACCGGAGGAAUCAUUGGACAGAUCAUUGUAA